GAAGUGACUCCUCGAGUCCGACCGAGAGUCUCUGCUCUUAGAAAAGGCUUAAAGCUACAAUAAUGGAGAUAUUAUCAAACUAAAAGCAGAGUGACCCAUUAAUUAGUGGGAUUCUCAUUCUCUUUCCAUUACCAAUGCACCAAGUAGCUUCCAUAUUCCAUGCCAUUAGCCUUCCCAGGAUUGAUUUUCAUGAUGAUCUUGGAAAUCAUACUCGAUGUCUCCCUCUUCUUCUACUCUGGCAUAUUUUCUUUUGGUGGGUUGCAACAGCCAUGGCUGAAACAAAGUUCCAGAAACUGGGCAGGAGGUCACCAAGCGAAUACUCCUUGGAAGUUGAGGACUGUUGCAUGUUUGGAAAUGUUAUAAGCUGGCAUCCUCUAAAGCUAACCAUAUGCUGGCUAGUACUCCUCAUUUUGCUAACCAUCAGUUACUCAUCCAAAGAACCUGAUGUGGAAGGUGAAGCUUUGAUCGAUUUUCUGAAGGUGCUCAAUGAUUCUAAAAGUCAAAUAUCAGAUUGGAAUUAUAAUUUAGUGAGUCCGUGCUUUAGUUGGUCCCACAUCACCUGUAGGAAUGGAAACGUCAUAUCACUGAGCCUGGGUUCAAAGGGAUUUUCAGGAACGCUUUCACCCUCAAUUACCAAACUGAAAUUUUUGGUUAGCUUGGAAUUACAGGACAAUAAUUUAUCUGGUGUACUACCUGACUACCUUGCCAGCAUGGCUCAACUUCAAAACCUAAAUCUUGCUAAUAAUAAUUUCAGUGGCUCUAUUCCUACCACUUGGGGUCAGCUUCCCAGUCUAAAGCAUUUGGUAUUGAGGGGAAACCACUUGUCUGGAACCAUUCCCGAUUCAAUUGCAAAUAUUACUGGGUUGACAGAACUGGAUCUUUCAUCCAAUGAUUUAUCCGGAAGAAUCCCUGUGCAACUAUUUUCGAUUCUAUCAUUUAAUUUUACAGGAACCCGUCUUACUUGUGACCCUGGAAUGGAGCAACCUUGUGUUUCUCGCCCUCCGCUUCCAGUUUCAACCAGAAAAUCAAAACUUGGAGUGGUAGUAACUUCUGCAAGUUGUGGUGCAUUCCUACUCUUGUCACUUGGGGCUAUGUUUGCAUACCUUCACCAUUAUGUGCACAAACUCAAACAUGAUGUGUUUGUUGAUGUUGCGGGUGAAGAUGAUCGUAAAAUCUCCUUCAGCCAACUGAGAAGAUUUUCUUUGCGUGAACUCCAACUUGCAACUGAAAAUUUCAGUGAAAGCAACAUGAUUGGACAAGGAGGCUUUGGAAAAGUUUACAAAGGUGUCCUCUCAGACAACACAAAGGUUGCUGUUAAACGCCUUACAGAUUAUAACAGUCCUGGUGGAGAGGCUGCAUUCCAAAGAGAGGUUCAACUUAUAAGUGUUGCAGUUCACAGGAAUCUAUUGCAGUUGAUAGGAUUUUGUACAACCUCGUCGGAGAGGAUCCUUGUUUAUCCAUUCAUGCAAAAUCUUAGUGUUGCAUACCGCUUAAGAGAAUUGAAACCUGGGGAGAAGGGCUUGGACUGGCCAACAAGGAAACGUGUGGCUUUUGGUGCAGCCCAUGGCUUGGAGUAUCUACAUGAGCAUUGUAAUCCUAAGAUCAUACAUCGUGAUCUAAAGGCUGCAAAUAUCCUAUUAGAUGAUGAUUUUGAAGCUGUUCUUGGGGAUUUUGGGCUCGCAAAGCUGGUUGAUACAAAAUUGACCCAUGUUACCACUCAAGUUCGUGGAACCAUGGGUCACAUUGCCCCAGAAUAUUUGCACACAGGAAAAUCUUCAGAAAAGACAGAUGUCUUUGGAUAUGGCAUAACUCUUCUCGAACUUGUCACUGGUCAGCGUGCAGUAGAUUUAUCUCGCCUUGAUGAGGAAGAGAAUGUUCUUCUGCUUGAUCAUAUUAUUUGACAGAUCAAGAAGUUGCAGAGAGAGAAUAGGCUAGAUGACAUUGUGGAUGGGAACUUGAAGACUUAUGAUCCCAAAGAAGUUGGGACUCUUGUUCAGGUUGCAUUGCUGUGCACUCAAAACUCACCCGAGGACCGUCCGACAAUGGCGGAAGUGGUACAAAUGCUGCGGGGAGUGGGUCUGGCAGAUAGAUGGGCAGAGUGGGAGCAGCUUGAAGAAGUAAGGAAUCAAGAGUCCUUCCUAGUGUCUCAUAACUUUCCUUGGGUUGAAGAGACAACGCACGAUCCAGAAGCUAUACAGUUGUCCAGGGCGAGAUAGAUAGGGGGCAUCUACACCUGAAAAUCAAAUUUGAAAUGAACCUUUUGGAAGCAUAUGGUUCUAAUAUUGUAUAUCUCAUUACAAAGAAUACAUGCAUAAAGAAAGAAAGAACAAGGAAGCCAUGUGUGGGAGGGAGAGGGAAUCUUGCCAUGGCCAUGUAUCUAUUACACCCGAUACCUGUGUUUUGCAGUAUUAACUAUGUUUGCUAACUUUGGUCGUUUAGAAUACUUCUACAGCUUCAUUCACUCUGCAACUGUA